AUGCGUUCGACAUCGAAAAGAAUUCGUCAGUGUCAGAUCUCUGCGAACACUACCGGAGAUCAUGCGUUCAAUUCGAAUAUUGAACAGCUUGUCCAAUCGAUCAAGAUAACUGUCGAAUCAGAGAUUUUAAUGAGUUUAUUGUCCUAUGCGAAGCAUUUACAUGAGAUCAUUGAUUGUGAUAAUCGAUUUUCUAAAGAGUACUUUCUUCAGAUCGAACAAUCGAUCUCGAACACUCAAUCCAAUCAAUUAAUCAAUGAAUUAAUUCAAUUAGUUCAUUCCUAUUUUGAUAAAUACUUAUCUGUCUCAGUUAUUCUUCGCUGUUAUAUACAACUACACAUCCCACCCACCGAGUCCGGGAAUAAUCAAGGUGUGAGUAUCCAAUUUCAGAUUUUGAAGGAAAUUCAAGAAAUGGAAACAAUUAUCGAAACGAAUGAAAAUCUUCUCUUGGAUUAUUAUAAGAAACAUUAUGAGAUCUUGAAGUAUUUGAACAAGUAUCCUUCGAUUGAAGAUUAUCAUUUAUAUUUGCUUGAAUAUGAAAAGAAGAUUUUCGAUGACCUACGUUCGAUUGUGUUAGAAUUACGAACGAUAUUUCUAAAAACUUAUGAUAUUAUCAUAAAAAAUCUGCCAAAGAUUCAAGUGCCAAGAAAUCCGCUGAUGACUUCAAUGAUUAAUUAA